UCUUCCCCGGGAGGGGAGGCGCUGCUGCUCCCGGUGUGGUGAACUCUCACCCCCGCGGGAAGUCUCGCGUUAGUACCCCUGCGGUUACCAGGGGAACGUGAUCGUGAAAAGUUGGCCGGCGGGCGACAUGAGCACCGGGCGAGGAGGCACCGGAGAGGAGACACCGAUUCCCCGCGUCUUUCACCGGUGAACAGUCGGUGUGACACCGCUUCGCUCAUGGGGGAAGCGACGUAGAGUCGCAUCAACACAUCCGGCGUCUUCCUCCAUUCACGCCGAGGGGCCGUUAUCAGCGAACUCAAUAAGUUAAACUCUGCAAGAUGCCGUCACCACAAGUCCUCCAGCCGGUCCUCAAAAUGAAGGUGGACGAGCUCUUCCUCAACUGGUUGAGUGAUCCUGCAACUCAGUCACAACUCAAAGAUUAUCUUGACCUCAUCAAAAGCGGACAAAACAUUGAUCUGAGCAGCGGGGAUGACCAGGACAAAAGGUCCCUGAGCUUCAAGGAUAACAACAACGUGGCAUCCCAAAGGAACCUGGCAGAGAAGAGGCCCGCUGCCCUCAGCACUCCCUCCAGCCCUCCAUCUGCCAGUACCCUGCCCUCUGGCAGUAGCAGUAACACCAGGGUGACAGGACCCAAUGGCAGAGUACUACGGAGGUCUGUCAGCACAAAAAAGGCCCAGGUGAGGACGGAGGAGCCCGUCACCACAGCGCUCAGUGAAAGCAUUCCAAAGUUUUACUUCCCACUAGGCCGGCCCCAGGCCAACCUCAACAUCGACAGCCUCAUUUCCAAAAUUGAGAAAAUAUUUUCCCAAUUCCCAAAUGAAAGGGCCACCAUUGAGGACAUGGGGCAGGUUGCCAAGGCCUGUGAGUGCCCUGUCUACUGGAAAGUGCCAUUGUUCAACUCGGCUGGAGGCGACAGGACGGGCUUCGUGUCGGUUCACAAAUUCGUGGCCAUGUGGAGAAAAAUUCUGCAGACCUGUCACAAUGACGCUUCUAAAUUCGUGCACCUCUUGGCCAAGCCUGGCUGUAAUUACCUGGAACAAGACGACUUUAUUCCAUUCCUGCAGGAUGUGGUGAACACGCAUGCAGGCCUGGCCUUUCUAAAGGAGGCACCGGACUUUCACUCACGAUACAUUACCACGGUGAUUCAGAGGAUAUUUUACAAUGUGAACCGGUCAUGGACUGGAAAAAUAUCAAGUCAUGAGCUCAGGAAAAGUAACUUUCUUCAGAAUGUGAUGUUGCUGGAGCAGGAAGAAGACGUGAACCAGCUGACAGAGUUUUUCUCCUAUGAACAUUUCUACGUUAUCUACUGCAAAUUCUGGGAGUUAGACUCAGACCAUGACCUCUACAUAGACCAGAAGGACAUGGCACGACACAACGACCAAGCCAUCUCGCAAAAGAUGAUCGAGAGAAUAUUCUCAGGAACAGUAACAAGGGACAGACGAGUGCAUAAGGAGGGCAGGCUGAGUUAUGCCGAUUUCGUCUGGUUCCUCAUCUCCGAGGAAGACAAGAAGACUGACACCAGUAUAGAGUACUGGUUCCGCUGCAUGGACCUGGACGGGGACGGGGUGCUCAGCAUGUACGAGCUGGAGUACUUCUACGAGGAGCAGUGUCAGAAGCUGGAGGCCAUGGCGAUUGAGCCCCUUCCCUUCGAGGACUGCCUCUGCCAAAUGCUCGACCUUGUCAAGCCUGAGGUCGAAGGUAAGAUCACGCUGCGGGACCUUAAGAGGUGCAAGUUGUCCCACAUCUUCUACGACACUUUCUUCAACAUUGAGAAAUACCUGGACCACGAGCAGAGGGAUCCUUUCUCUGCUAUAAGGGAGGUGGAAACAGACGGACAGGAGGUUUCAGACUGGGAGAAAUACGCUGCAGAGGAGUACGACAUCCUGGUGGCGGAGGAGGCAGCCAACGAUCAGUGCAACGAUGUGUAUGAUAACCCUCUGAGCCCUUUGGGGCAGCACAUCUCCACUGAGCUGGGUCUGACAAAGAGACACUUCUUCGAGAUUCCCAGUCCGCACUGCAACCUGGACCUGGACGAGUACGAGUACGACGACGACCUGGAAUGACCGCAGAGGGUUUUCUCUCAUCCUGCUGAAGCGGCGCCAGCUUCCAGGAGUGGAUCUCAAACAGCAGCGUUCAGGCCCAGAGAUGUGCAGGUUACACUCACUCUGCUUACAAAGACACAAGUUAGAAAACAGAGGACACAGUCGGAGCACUGGUGGAGGUCAGAUCUGCUGCAGGAACAGACACACAGGAUUGAGAGGAUGUGAAGUUCCUCAUAAUACUGAACCAGAAUUUUUAAUAUUCUCACCUGUUAUUAAAAAAACACCACAGUUGGUUUCAUGAUGCGACGAGCGGCACGGUUUGGACGUUUGAUGCCUCCUCAUGUUUUAAAGGAGACACAUGAUGCUUUUUCAGUUUUUUAAUCUCCUCUGGCGUGUUAAGCUGCUUUCAGACUUCCAGUAAAAACUCCAGAUGAUGUCCCAGCUCAUGUGGGAAUACAGCAGGAGAUUAUUAGAUUCAGAACAAGUAAUGUCUUUAACACGUGACGGACGCAAAACUGAAAAAAAACUAAAAGAAUACAAAUAUCUCAGGAUGAAAAAGAGUUCG